CUCCCCGGAAUCGUAACCACCGAGGCCACCCCAAGCGAAGCAUGAUGAACCACUUCACGACGGGGAGCGGAUACAGUACCUCCCGUCGCCAAUAGGGGGUAAAAAAUUCAAAUAUUUAAGGCCAACAAUGGCUGCUCGGUCAUGGGCUUUGUUUCCACAAAUCUCUGCCCAAAUCUUCACCUAAUAUAAGCCGACCCGAUAAUCCCAAUUCUCUACAAUGUCUGAAGGAAUUCUCGCAGGCAAGACGUGCCUCGUCACCGGUGGAGCCGGUGGAUUGGGCAAGGCGAUCGCGACUCACUUCCUCAGCGCUGGCGCCAACGUGGUGAUUUGCGACAUCAACGAAGAGCGUCUACAAGAGGCCUCGGCCGAGUUGUCCUCAAAGGGACCCCUCCGGGCCAUCAAGUCGGAUAUCACCAAAGUCGAUGAGGUGCAAAGUCUGUUCGACGAGCUGAUCCGGGAAUUCGGCAAGAUCGAUGUCCUGGUGAACAAUGCUGGGAUUAUGGACCAUUUCGCUCCCGUUGGCGAUUUGGAUGUGGCGCUAUGGGAGCGGGUGAUGGCCCUGAACCUCACUGCCCCUAUGAUCCUUAGCAAGUUGGCCGUUAGCAACAUGCUGGAGCAACCGAAGCCCGAUGGCCGCAUUAUCAAUAUCGUCUCCGUUGCUGGUCGAGCCGGAUGGGCUGCCGGUGCCGCUUACACUGCCAGCAAGCAUGGCUUGGUUGGAUUGACCAAGAACACUGCCGCAUACUACGGCAACAAGGGCAUUCGCUGCAACGCCAUGAUGAUGGGUGCUAUGAACACUAACAUUGCCGACGUGUUCAAGACUGGUAUGCACAUGGAGGGCUAUCAGAAGAUGAACUCCGUCUACGAGUCUAUCCAGGCUCCUGCCUGCGAUCUGGACGAAGUUGCUGGUUUCUGCGUGAACUUGACCUAUGGCCCCGGUUCCAGUAUUAUCAACGGCGCGUGCAUUGCUGUCGACAACGGCUGGACCUGUGUUGUUGGCUGAUUUUGUUUUUUUUUUGACAUGCCAUGUGAGCUCGGGGGGGUUUUAUUUGUGUACAUAUGUUAGUAGCGACUUGUAUCUAUACCUAACCCAAGGUGCUGCAACAAAGAUCAUAUUGCCAAG